AUGCAAAUUGCAAAAGCUUUUGAGGAGAACCACUUCAAGAAUGUGAGGACACCUUCUCACUUGUCAGAUUUGCUCAUUGAGCUGUUUGUUUGGGGCCGAGUGCCGGCAGUGCUGGUUCAACAAAUAACAGCUGCAGCCCUUCAAGACAUCGAUGAAGCUGGAGGGCCAAGAGUCAGGUCCUGGGAAAUCUUGGCCGGCUUGGGAAGUCAUGGCAUUCACAGAAACAACACGAAUCGUGAUUUGUUACGCAAGUUGCCCCAGCCAGUGUUCACUCUUUCCUGGCAUGGCAUUCCACAAAGGGCUGCGCCGACCAAGGGGAGUGUUGGACGGACAGCAAUUCUCAGAUUGCCAUUGCUCUUGCCUCGUGAUGUGUGGUGGGGCAUUUGCAAAUCGGGGACCUUCAAGCACUUCUUGUGUCCAAAUGAUGGUGAUUUGGUUGCCUUCUGGGACAGUGUAGGCAUGCACCCGGCAGUACGGUUUCACCCUGUCAAAGACAUCGCAAACUACAAACGCCGCGCAGUACCUUUAUCCCUCCAUGGGGAUGCCGCAGCAAUAACUCAGGGCCUGGGAUCUAGUUCGAAGAGCUGUAUGUUCCUUUCCUUCAAGUCAUUGGUUGCCAGGAAGACAUUCCAGCACUUCUUGCUAGCGGCCAUAUGGUCACAUUGCGCUGUCAAGAGUGAGACUUUCAACAGCAGCAAAAGUCUGUUGAGGAUCAUUGCAGAUGACUUCGAGCAAAUGUUCACAGAUGCUGGGAAAGACCGUGAAGGCCACUUCCCGGUGGUUCUCUUUACGACUGGUGACCUCGAAUAUUUCAAUGAGUGGCACCAACAGCCCAGAUGGAACAGCAAGUUUCCUUGUGCCUUCUGCGGAAUUCCCCUGGGCGCGCUUGGGAAUUGGAAUUAUGUUCAGACGCUUGAGCCAGACCGAUGGCAAACACCUCGACCUUCCAAGUGUCCACUGUUUAGGACCCUCAUGUCUCACCGGGGUCUUUGUCCAGACUGGAUGCACACGAAACACUUAGGUGUUGAUUUGCGGUUCUUGGGCAGUGUGUGUUGGCUUCUCCAGACUAUGAUUCCAAACGUGCCAAAGCUAGAGGAUCGCCUUCAGAUAUUGCUUUCAGAACUCAAAGAGUUUUGGAGCGAGCGCAAGAUGGCUAUUGGAAUCUGGAAUUUAACACCAG